AUGGCAUACAGUGAGAAUAUUAAUCUGGUGCCUCCUGAAGAAUCUUGGUUUGUUCCUGUAGAGAUUUUGGAGAAAUUAAUACCUCCUUCAUAUUUGACUCAAAUACUAUCAAACUGGGAAGAAGGUUGUACAAGAGGAGGCGUGGAGUCAGAGAAUCAUUUUCAUCAAGAAAAAACAAUUGCUCCGCUUUCCCCUUCAUCACCACUAAACCCCGAUCCACCAACACCGGUACCACCGCCGGACCCUCCAGACCCAACUCCGGCUAUCAUGGAAGAAGACACUCCAAGGAAAAUGUCUUACAAAGAGACAGCAGAGGAAUCAAGUGACAAAAUCCAUGGGAGUUCUGAAUCCCCCAUGAACUUUGAGAAAUUGGGCACCCUAGAUCCUGAAUCUGGCAAAAAGUAUAUCCCUUUGACUGAUGAGGACAAACAACGACUAUACCUCUCGUGGAGAAGAUCUGUAAUCAUUAAAUGCAUUGGCCGGAAAUUGAACCACCAAUUCCUCCGUUCAAAGAUUACUGAUCUGUGGAGACUCCAAGAAAACAUAGUCCUCAUUGACUUAGGGGAGGACUACUAUACGGUUAAACUUGCUCUUGAGGAUAGUCAGAAAAAAUUCCUCUUGGAAGGUUCGUGGUUUGUCACUGGUUCCUACGUCUCAACAAGGGUUUGGGAGCCUAAUUUCGUACCUAUAAAGGCAAAAAUUAAUUCUUCUGCAUUCUGGGUAAGACUUCCCUCCCUGCCUACUGAAUUUUAUGAUAACACGAUACUGGAAAAAAUUAGGAAGAAAAUUGAGGGUCUUCUAAAAAUAGAUGCCUCUACAUCUUCCUCCCUUAGAGGACGCUUUAAGCAAACCAUUCGCGAAGAUAACAACCUCAACAGCGCUGAAACAACGGAGUUCAACACUUCAAAGGAGGUAACUUUGGAAUGGCAAACUGUUUCUUUCACCAAAAGAGGUAAGAAAUCACGCAGAAAAGGACACUUUAAUACAGGUACGAAGAAAGCAGACAAGCCCAAUGUAAACACCAAGUCUUACGAUCCAAAAUCAGGUAAGUUUCUUGAUCAACUUCAAAACCCAAAUUCUUCGAUCGAUUCACCGGAAAGAUCCCGCCGACCUUCCAAUUCGAGUAAGAAUCAGGGUACUUCAUUAUCGGACCAAACCUCUACACUGGACCGGUCCAAUAAGAUAACUCUUGGUAAGAGGCCCACUAGCUCAGCCACAAAGAAUAGGUUGCCCAAUGCUCAUGACCUAAAAUCUCACCACAGCCCACUAGCUUGGGCCAAGAGCAAUACUAAUGCUCCUCUUUGUACGAAGGCCCAACCCAAAAAAGCCCAAUAA